UCCUCAUUUCGUUACUGGUUUUUUUUCAAGUGACGUCUUUCAUGGAUGAAAUGUACGGAUUUUACUCCACCGGAGAUCAGCACGUUGACAACGCCUUAAUGUCACCGGAGAACAUGAUCCUUCCAUCCGAUUAUCAGGCCCGGCUUUGUUUAUCCGAUCGGGUUCCGGCGUUUGGAUCCGACGAGUUAAUCUCCCUCGCCUCCGCCAUCUCCGAAGCCACUUCUAUCACCCCUAAAAUUCAACGAGAAGUGGACAUUUCAAACGUGAUCAAAGCGAAAAUCGCUUCUCACCCUUAUUAUCCUCGUUUGCUUGAGGCUUAUAUUGAUUGCCAGAAGGUCGGAGCACCACCGGAGAUGGCGAGGAUAUUAGACGAACUUCUGACGGUGACCGAUGUUAACAAGCGGGAUAUAGUGCGUACUUGCUUGGGAGCCGAUCCUGAGCUCGACGAGUUCAUGGAAACUUACUAUGAUGUGUUGGUGAAAUACAAAUCUGAUCUUUCAAGGCCUUUCGAGGAAGCGACCACUUUUCUAAACAAGAUUGAGACGCAGCUUCGAAAUCUCUGCAGGGGUGCCUACAUUGCAGGCCCUUCUGAUGAUGGUGCUGAAUCAUCGGACGAAGAUGUUAGCGGAGGCGAAGGUGAAGCAGGUCUGAAAGAUCAUCUUUUGCGUAGAUUUGGGAAUCAUAUUAGCCGCUUGAAGAUGGAGUUCUCAAAGAAGAAGCAGAAGAAAGUCAAACUGCCGAAAGAAGCAAGACAAACAUUGUUAGAGUGGUGGAACGUUCACAACUAUUGGCCAUAUCCAACGGAAGAUGAUAAGAAAGCAUUGGCUGAAACAACGGGACUGGACCAGAAGCAGAUCAACAACUGGUUUAUAAAUCAAAGAAAGCGCCACUGGAAACCAUCCGAAACCUUCCAAAUCUUUUUAGAUCAAGUCUGA